AUGCCAAUUCAAAUCCGUGAGGUACGGCCGUCAGAUCUGCCCGCUCGCGAACGUAUCUUCCGCGGCGCCUUCUCUGCCGGCCUACGCCCUCACAUCUUUCCCAAUGGCCAGACCGAAGCAGAUCUCAUCCAUAGUUUCACCGAGAAUCUCGAAGGCCUGAAGACCAAAAUGAGCACUUCGGACGACCAACCAGGUCAACGCUGUUUCGUAGCUUUCGAUACCGAUACUCCUGCCGAUGCUUCUGACCUUGUGUUUCCAGAGGCUUGGGAACACAAGGCAGAGGUUGCGUUGAGUGAAGAGGAAAAGAAGAAUGCCAAAAAGGUGGUGGGAAUAGCCAUCUGGGUUCUUCAGCCGGUUGCUCGCACGCAAGAGCAGUAUGACAAGGAGGCUGCUGAGAAAGGACCAAACACUCAUUCUCCCUCUGCUAAUGGUGCUCUACUGGAUGCAAUGGACGCCGCAAUGACUGCCAGCAAGAAGAAAUAUCUCGGUCUGGAGCCAUACCUGUAUCUCAGGAUUUUGGCUAUCGAUCCUGCGUACCAGCGUAGGGGUGUUGGAUCUUUGCUAUUGGACCAAGGGAUGGAGAUUGCGGAUCGUUGUGGUAUUCAAUCAUACCUGGAAGCUACAAAGGUGGGAAGACCGCUGUAUGCAAAGUAUGGGUACGAGGAUAGGGAGAACAUGGACUUCGAUGUUGUCAAGUACGCACCGACUGCGAAGGAUGACCCGCCGCAUCAGUUUAUGGUCAUGAUUCGACCUGUUGGAGGAAAGAAGUCUGAUGGAAGGGCAUAG